AUGGCCAUGAGCGGCACGGAGCCGGUGUCGGUGCUGCCGACGGAGUUGCUACACGACCACAAGGCCGUAGGCGCGAAGGUGCGCGUGGUGACCACUUCUCAAGAGGUCUUCGAAGGCUCUAUCUUCACGCUGGACCCGAUCGCCAACUUCCUUGUGCUCGAGGAAAAGAACGGCGCCAAGAGCAAGACACGGAUCUUGCAACUGGAAGUACUGCAGAAGGUGGAGGUGUUGAGCCCGGCUCCAGCCGGUCUGCAGCUGACGCUGCCUUGGAUCAGUGAAGCAGAGCUGAAGCGUGCAGAGCAUCGCAACAAAGGUGUAGCGGAGCGAGCAUUGGCUUCUAUUGGUCGGGGAGUGUCCGUGGAAGCGCAAAUGAUCUUUGACGCGCUGAACAAGACGAUGCCGUGUGAGUGGGAAGGUGCCAACAUCCGAGUCAUGGGUGAAGUUCUGAUCACGCCGCCGUACCAAGCGCAGAACUGCGUAAGCGCGAACGCUCAGGUGCUUUCGCGGGUCAAGAAAGUGAUGGAAGGAGAGAAGGGCAAGCUGAAAAAGGCCAAGAAGUAA